UGCGUUUUGUGGAAAGGGAACCUCAAACCUUCAGUCUUGGUAGUUGCAGAUAUGGUGAAAAGCCAAAACGCCGUUGUGUGAAGUGUGGGGUGUGAGUUUGUUAGCUUUUCACCGUUUCUGAGCUGCCAAUCCGAGCUUUCAGUAUUUUCCAGGGUACAAAUGGGUUCUGUAUCGAAGCAUCAAGCAAUAGUUAAAGAUAGGAUCAGUGCAUUACCAGAUGCAGUUCUGGGUCACAUACUUUCGUUUCUUCGAACGAAAUAUGCUGUCAGGACCACCAUUUUGUCUAAAAGAUGGAACAAAUUAUGGACUUAUGUUCCAAGUCUGGACUUCAAAGACGAACAAGAUUUCCGUACUUUCCGGACAGAUGGCUAUGGCUCAGAACUUUUUACGAAUUUUGUUGAUCGUGUACUUUUAUUUCGCCAAUCAUCAGACAUCCGAAAGUUACGUCUUUCACUUCGCCACUGUGAUGCUUUUUCUCGUAUUGAUGGCUGGAUAUGCACUGCCAUUAGGCGUAAUGUUGUUGAACUUGAUUUUUUUCUUUGUGUUGAUGAUGACAUUACUUUUGAGUUGCCUCAAUGUGUUUUCAUGUGCAAAACACUGGAGGUCUUGAAGCUGGCAUCAAAUUGCCUUACCUGUGCCCCUCCUCCAUCCGGGUGUUUCUCAAGUCUCAAGUUUCUUCGUGUUUCAGUUUAUUAUCCUGUGAGUGAUUGGGUGGCAAACAUUUUCUCUCACUGCCCUUUACUUGAGGGAUUGAUCAUAGAUGGAAAUGUUGGACUUGAAAGAGUUUUGAAUUUCAACAUAUCCGCGCGCAAUCUGAAGACAUUGAAAAUAGAUUUGUACAUUGAUGGCAAUCCAGGUGAUCCCGCAUACAAUCUUUUCAUCGAUGCCCCAAAGCUCGAAAACCUUGAUGUCAAGCUGGAUAAGUUAUCGAACUAUUAUAUAAAGGAUGCAAAAUCCCUAAUUAAGGCUGAUAUUGAUCUUGAAGCCUGUGGUGCAGAACAACAGCCUGCCUUUGCCAACCGUGUAACUGCGCUUCUGCCACUUAUUUCAAGUGUUAAAUAUCUCUCUCUCUCAGCGCAUUGUAUGGAGUAUUUCAUGAAAAAGGAAGGAGAUUUUGAUAUGAAUCAGUUGGCUCUUCAUGAAUGCUAUUGCUGGGAAUGGCUUCCGGUGUUUCUUGAAGCAUUGCAUAAUCUGGAAGCCCUUGCCUUACAAGAUUUACGGUGCACAUGUGCUGAAGUAGGGUUACCAAAGAAGGAAUCACCUGAUAUGGAAAAUGGAGUUUCAGAAGAUAAAAACGAAUGGAAUGAAAAAUAUUCACAGCAUCAAUGGAAUCCACCAGAAUUUGUUCCUGUUUGUUUGUCAUUGCACCUCAAGAGUGUCUCCAUAAGAGGAUUCAAGGGGCGGCCGGUUGAGAUAGAAGUUGCCAAGUAUUUGUUAAAGAAUGGUAAAGUUUUGAAUAAGCUGGCAAUUCAUACGUGCUCUCAUACAAAACCAGAGGAGUUGCACCAGGAAUUCGUAACAUUCCAAAGGGGUUCAGCGACUUGUCAAGUUGAAUUGUUGUGAAGUGGAGGUUGUUAACUCUUAAUGCCUGUAAAAUCAUCAUUUUGAUUUUCAAUUCAAUUGCUAACUUUCUUUUAGCCGGGGCAUGAAAAUUUUAAAUGUUAAUUGAAUCAUUUUGUGUCACA